CCGUCGCUGCUGUUGUACGGCAGUCUUGUCUCCGAAGCCUCGCACGAGAGACUUGAAUGACCGGCACUGUGCUGUAUCAGCCAGUCGGACCUCGUACGCCGUCAACGCGCGAGUUCAUUGCCGCGAGUCUGUGGUAGUGUUGACGACGUUAACUUUUUACGAUCAAACGAUCGAUUUUGCUCAAGUUCAGCGAUGAAUUUUGAUUGUCAUUUGAAGUGAAUAAGUGAUUUGUUUUCCGCAUAAGAUAUAUACAGUUUUUUUUUUUUAUUGUUGUUAAAAAUUUAUUUUAAUUAAUUCGCGCACUUACGUGAAAAUGGCCGAGUUCGACGCAAACAAUAACAGUGCACUGCCGAUACCGGAAAAAGUGCAGGAAAAAUAUUCUCUGCGACCCAGAGCGUUGCUUAAACGCGAAGAACCUGAGGAAGAUCAGGAAGACAGUUGGAAACCUACAACUCGGGGUCGGUCUACCAAACGACGACAAAAACCUAAGCCCCUGAGCAGGUAUCGAAGGAAGACGGCGAACGCGCGCGAGAGGAGCCGAAUGCGGGAGAUCAACGAAGCGUUCGAGGCGCUCCGCCGGGCCGUGCCACACCUGGCGGUGGACGCGCACAACGAAAAGCUGACCAAGAUCACCACCCUCCGGCUGGCCAUGAAGUACAUCUCGGCGCUUAGCGGACUUCUGACCGCGGCGCCCGGCGCCCAGUCUUCGUCGUCGCCAUCCGCGGCCGCGGCUAUAGCCGCGGCUACGAACACCAUCUGCGGCGGCGGCGGUGGAAUGGUCGGGACGACGGCAAUGUCGUCGCCCUCGGUGUCGCUGCCGACCACCACCGACCACCUGGCCGCGCUCGGCUGCUGUCUGUCGCCUUCCACUUCCGACGACGUGGACUCGCUGCUCAGCGAGUACGCGUCUGACUUGCUGUGCGGCGGCGGCGGUGGCGGCGGCGGCGGUAGCGAGUGCUCUUCCGCCGCGUCCACCGUCGGGUUUCUCGCCGAUCACCAUCACCACCAUCAUUCGUCCGCGUUCCUGCGGGACUUGCCGAGUGCGGCCGCCGCGUACUCGUUGUCACCGUCGUCGUGCUCCACGUCGGCCACCGACGUUGUAGGUUUCCCGUCGCCGUUGCUGUCCGCCGACUUCCCGGUGGACGUGGCCGCGGCGUUCAUGCCGUUCGCCGACCACCCACUGCCGCCGAUCGACUUCAACGGCGACCCGUACAUGUUCGAAGACAAUUUCGCGUGCACCGAGUUCAGCUAGACCUCGUUAGGGUGUCGUCAAGGUGCCAUAUAUAUAUAUUUACGACAUACAUAUUUAUACGUGUUCAGUGUGUGUAAAUUUUUUUUUGUACUUCUCUCGUGGGAUUUUGCGCGAAGGACGCGUCGAAUUUUUUUUUUCCAUCGAAAAAUGUGAUAUAUUUUAUGUUUUGACGUACCCUGCUUACGAGUAGCUGCUGAACACACCUACCGUUUGUACAGUGCGCAUGCGUCGCUUACUCUCGACACGGCUGACGUACGUCGACCGUAAGUUUUGUACGUGUACAAAUUUUUUCCCUUCGAUUUUCUCUCAAAUAUAUAUUUUCAACUGUGAUAUACUGUUCCCUCGUACUACGUGGCGGCGGCCGUCGAUUUCGACAACUCCACCCCUCCCCACAGCCCGUCCAUACUCUUGCCAGUAAAUCGGUUACGCGCGCUGUAAUGACAUUGUGUGUGCGUGUACGCUCCAAAGUAAAUUAUUCUAUUUGUUUUAAACGAAACGUGUACGUCUAUCCCAUUCGAUGAAUAAUAAUAAUAAUAAUAAUAAUAAUAAUAAUAAACCGAUCUAACGUUUUUAAAUCCGACUGGUGAAACUGGUUAUUAUUUAUUCUCUCUUUCUCUCUCUCUCUAUAUAUAUAUAUAUAAAUAAAUGCAUAAUAUACCUAUUUUUUCCUUCAGAUCCUUUCCUUGGUUUUCUUGUACAUAAUAUUUUACACUUUAUACAUGUCCCAGAACCAUAUUCUAACGAUCUCUAUGCAUAUCGUCGUACAAUCGUAAUUUAAAAAAGAACCUAAAUUUUGCUUUUCGAUUUAUCAUUGUUUUUACGUGCGAUUUAAGAAAAAAAAAAAAUAAAUAAAUAAUGAUAAACGGGUUUGUACGAUUAGGUUUUUCGAUCGAUUUCGCGAUCAUCUUGAUUAUAGAUCGUUUUUACAAACAUUGCACGGAAAGUAGUAAGGUACUCGCGAUAUCAUCUCCGCGUAAUAAUUCUGUUUUUAGAGUCGAUGAUUUAUAUUGACGGCCAAUCUGUCCCGGACGAAUAAAGAAAAUCAACUCAUCCGACCUCCCGUCGAGUCUAAACAUAAUCACCGACGUACACGUAGAUGCGUUCAAAUAUUGGCUUAGGAUAAAAUAUUUUAUUACAUUAUAUUCUCGACACACACAUAAUAUACAUACGAGACUAUGAGAUCCAACACCUUUUUAUUUUUUCACCAUUUGUUAUGUGCAACUUCACGAUGACGUACCCACGUAGUAAAUUGUUCUCGUGUCUGUACGCAUGUGUGGUUGUAUUGUACUUUGAUUUGUCCCAUUUUUCAUAAACUUUUUGGAUAGUACGCAUUGCAUACCGAUGAUUUUCCCCACGUGUGUUGUACCCGACGAAAAAACGGGUAUUUCAAUUUUUUUUCUAUUGUCUUUUUGUUACCUUUAGCGUUAUGACGUCGUUUAGUGUUAUAAUUAUACUAUGUAUAUAUGUUGUAGACAAUGUAUACACAUAUACAUGAUAUAUUUGUACGUUAA